ACUCAUUUUUUGGGUGUCUUCUCGUACGGAGCGUUUUGUUUCAUCUUGGGUGCAAGGCCACAAGAUGUUCGAUACAUAUAUGUUCUGUUUUAUAUCACAUUUGUGCCACUUCGAUGGAUUUAUUAUCGAUAUAAGAAAUGGCAUUAUUACCUUUUGGAUUUCUGCUAUUAUGCCAAUACCAUAUUCUUGAUCAUGCUUUUGUUCUUUCCUAGAAAUCAAAAGCUUUUCAUGGUUAGCUUCUCAUUUGCAGAGGGACCGCUAGCAUGGGCAAUUAUAGUUUGGCGGUGUAGCUUGGUUUUUAGUUCUGUUGACAAAAUUGUAAGCGUCCUUAUACAUCUUUUACCAGGUGUGGUAUUCUUCACGAUGUGCUGGUGGGAUCCGGCCUUCUUCGAAGCCAUGCAUCCUAUGGGAAGUGUACAAGGUGGUUCAUGGCGUCAGAUAGAAGACAAAUCUUUCCUGUGCACAUGGCUAUUCACGGUUCCAUUGAUUGCUUACUUCCUUUGGCAGCUUCUGUAUUUUCUGAUAGUCAAUGUCCUUCGUCGACAGCGGCUGUUAAAGGACCCUGAAGUCAUGACCUCCUACAGGGGGCUGUCCAAGAGGGCACAAAAGGCAAACAAUGUAUGGUGGCGCUUAAGCGGGUGUCUUGGUGAUCAGAACCGUAUGUUUAUGUACAUUCUUUUUCAAGCCAUUUUCACAGUGGCAACAAUGGCACUCACAGUGCCAAUAUUCUUGUCGUACGAACUACACCUUGUUUUCCAGAUACUAAAAGUUUCUGCAGCUGUAUGGAAUGGAGGACAGUUCUUGGUGGAAGUGAUGCCUCGGCAAGUUGUUCUUAAAGAGAAGAAAAAACUUGAGGUGACGCCAAUAACACAAGAAAUCUGCCAAGAAGAAGAACACUGCCACCAAAGCUAGUCUUGGGUAACUAAAGCUCUAACAUAUACACGUCGUCGGGGCGUGUGACAUGUGUUGUUGUACAUGUUAUUAAGAAUUUACCAGUAUAGUGUAGAUUAUGGUUCGUAGUGGUCAGGGAAUAGGGUCCUUGUUACAAUCUAUUCAUUAAGGUACAUCAAAUAAAAAGGUACCAUUAUUAUUGGCCUCUAGAGCAGAAACUAUAAUCUGUUGUAAAAAGGAAAUCUUAAAAACAACGAAAGUAUCAUCCUUCAAAUCACCAAA